AUGACCGAUCACGACGAAAACGUUGUGGAAGUAUUGGAACACCAAGAUGUUCAUCUCCUCGUGCCUGAAGACGAUCACAACCAGGAAGAUGUUGAACCUAUCGCUUUUUUCGGAAUGGAGCAGCAUUGCCUUUUAUGUAGAGCUCCAUUUAACCAAUGCUUCCGUGGUUUUCCAAUCCAUUGUGAGGUAUAUGAGGAAUGGGAACCAGACCUUUACUUCGUGAAACCAGAAUUCCGUGCUGUGGUUCGUUUCAGCACAGAUCAGGGAGACCAGUUCGCUCUGACUAAAGCCUUCCGAGGGGGUUACGAGCCCAAUGAAAAUAUGGUGUCUUUGGUUGGUUGGCCACCUUUAAAAAAGAUAUCCAUUGAACCUAGACCCGAACUAAAUGUUCCCGCCAAUGGAUUCACUCCUUGUUUUCACGAAUCGUGUUAUUGGACUUUGAACCCCACCGAUUUGUCGUCUCAUCGCUGGGACAGGCGGCUACGUGGUACUCGAGCGGAAGUUCUCUAUCGACUGAGUAUAAGCCUCCGUAUAUCCUCAACUUGGGGACACAUUUCAGAAUCUAUUGGAGAGCUCUAUCCUCGAUCCGACUGCGAUACUUUGCUAUCUAUUGCCCCAGAGAGCUCUCAGAUCUACCAACCUUUCUUUCUCUCAAAGCUUCCUCCUGAACUACGAUGUAAAAUAUGGAGUUUCGUGAAGCGCGGGCCCGCUUAUUAUUACAAGUCAAUGAUGGUCGUUGGAGAGACGCAUCGCUUAUUGAGCCUAACUCAUGAUUCGACGAACCAUGGCUUUGAAGAGCUGUCAAUCGAGCCGGGCUGUUAUAUCGAAGCAACUAUUGAAUCUAUCUAUAGCACCGAAUAUAUUCGAAAUCUAAGUAUACAUAAAACUUCCAUCUCCGGAAUUCAUAUUCCAGAAGCCAUCACCGAAGUUCAAUUUAUAUCCAGUGUGCAUGGUAUCUGUGCUAUGAGAUUCUCGGGCUCGGGUUCGAAUUGGAAAUCGAAAUGGCUGGGAACUGUUCCCCUAAAAGGUCGCACUUGGCAUGGAAGAAUCUCAAUCACUACUGAUAUCUUGUUCUGCUAUUUCAAUUUUCUCAGCCUGGACGAAAUUGCCGACAAAUCCCAGCGAAACAUUAGGCAAGUGAUGUGGGAUUGUUUAGAUCAUCCGGGUCCAUCCGAAGGUCGGCUGACUGGUAUUGAAACACAUUUCGCAACCAUCUCAUAUCUCUCGGGACACCGUUCCAAAGUCUCUACACAUUUUCCGUUGGGCCGAUCUGAGCGUCUAUCAAACGUCUGGGUUCGAAUGCGGCUGGAAACUUUUGGUGGAAGUCAAUCAUCAUUAAUAUUGUCGCCUUGUCUUUUGAUACGCACGACAAUAGGGAGAGAAUACACUUUCGGGUCAUACGUCGAUCCAAUUUAUUACGACGACCAUAAUUGGGUUUUCAUGGCACAAGGUAGAAGCGUUACCGGUCUAUACUAUGAAAAUCCUCCUGGCCAGUUUAUCAUGAAACUAGCGGUUGUAGGCAAGAGGAAAAUCCUGGCUGCUGAAGUGACGCCCCCUCUGUACAAAGCUUGUAGCCCCAUACUACCAAUAAUGAUAAGUGACUGUCUGCGUGGUUGGCCCCAUGAAAUAUAUAUGACCGAUGCGACAUUCGAAGAUCUCAGGAUGGUUCUCAUUCGUCGUGUUGGUCGCCAUAUCUCAGGUAUGUUCAUUCAGUAUAUGGAUAGCGAUCGGCCUCCUGCUGUUCUGGGGGAGUGGGCUGCCUCUGAGCACGGGGCGUGGGAUCACCAGAAAAACGAGAGAGUUCAAAGCUCCGAGCACUGCUGCAUAUAUGACAGCACGAAGGCUACACCAUCAACGGUAGUUUUCAUAAUUCACUGGGUCGUCGGCUACAUACAUGAAAUAUUUUUCUGCAAUCGAGACAGCGACAGACUAAAAGUUGAGGUAGCAAAAGGUGGCAAAUUGAAAGCAUUUGAUAUGGGCACGCGCGUUUCUUGGUGGUUUGGGAAUUUUACAGACGUCAUUCAGCCAUGGACAGAAGAGAAUCCACGACAAUCUUUGAGUGUCCCCGAAGAUCGCAUAAUAAAAGAAUUGCAGUAG